GUCCGGUUUAAGUCGGGGAUUCCCCAAAACGUGGAGGUCUGUCUAAAAAUCAGAGUGAAAAAAAUACAAACACAUUGUAGCAGACCAGCUCGCCUGGGCAUUUGACCCGAGUGUUUAACACGGGACAGGACUGACGGUAAGCAGCGCUUUGAAUCAGAGAUACACAGACAGUGCAGAGUGGCUUGCCUGUCACUGUGGUAACCGCACUCAUUUCCAAGACGAGAUGGCCGACCCCGUGUCUGACAGUCUGGAACCGUUGAGCCAGGAGUCCUUCCAGGAGCUGUGGAACAUUGUAGGAACCAGAGGCAAUGAAUUCUGGCAGGAAAAUGAUGAUAUAUUCCCUGAGUUGGACGGCCUGGAGACUGAUGCAAUUGGCGGCAGCAGCAGCAGCGCGGAGGUGCUGUUGGGGGGUCCCACUCUUGUGCAACAGCACCCCCUGCCUUACGUCUCGGAGACUGCGACCGCGACCACUGCCUCCACCGUCCCCUCCACCACGGACUACCCCGGGGAGCUGGGGUUCGAGCUGCGAUUCCAGCAGUCCAGCACGGCCAAGUCUGUCACCUGCACGUACUCUCCGGGCCUCAAUAAGCUGUUCUGCCAGCUCGCCAAGACCUGCCCGGUCCAGAUGCACGUGAGGGUCCCUCCUCCCCCCGGCGCCAUCGUCCGGGCCACCGCCGUCUACAAGAAAUCGGAGCACGUGGCUGAGGUGGUGAGGCGCUGCCCCCACCACGAGCGCACCCCCGAAAACAACGAAGGCCCUGUCCCGCCCGGGCAUCUGAUCCGGAUAGAGGGGAACCAGCUGGCUCAGUAUGUGGAGGACCAGCGGACCAGGAGGCAGAGCGUCCUUGUGCCUUACGAGUCGCCCCAGGUGGGCUCGGAGUGCACCACGGUGCUCUAUAACUACAUGUGCAACAGCAGCUGCAUGGGUGGGAUGAACCGUCGGCCCAUCCUCACCAUCGUAACCCUGGAGACCAGCGAUGGUCGGCUGUUGGGGCGUCGCUGUUUUGAGGUGCGCGUCUGCGCCUGUCCCGGCCGGGAUCUCAAGAGCGAAGAGGAGAACAGCCGCAAGCAGCUGGAGAAAGCUGGCAGCAAGGCCACCGCAGGGAGCACCAAGCGCAGUAUUAAGGAGGUGACCCUGCCUGCCCCCGGGUCCAGCAAGAAGAGCCGGACCGGCUCUGAAGAGGAAGUCUUCACUCUGCAGAUCCACGGCAGGGAGCGUUAUGAGAUGCUGAAACGCAUCAAUGAAAGUCUGGAGCUGAAAGACCUUGUUCCCCAGAGUGAGCAGGAGAAGUACAGAGAGAAGCUGCAUAAAAACGGCCGCAAGGAGAGGGAGGGCCUGGCACCCAAGAGAGGAAAAAAACUGCUCAUCAAGGAAGACAAGAGCGAUUCUGAUUAAACCACGCCCCUUAUGCAAAACAGGAGGUGGGGCUAAGCUCCACGGGGUGUGGCUGAGUUAAACCCCUCCCCCAACGGAAAACUGCCUCUUCUUUUUAUAUAUGUUGUUUUUUUUAUACAGCCCUCUCCUCCCCUCCCUUUUGUAACUGUAUUUGAAUUAGUUCUGUUUCAUCCGUUGUUCUGUGAGGGGUGAGAUUUUGUAACUUUUUAAUAAAAGAAACUUUUUUUUUAUGAAAUGUCUAUUCAAAUGACAAUAAAGUUACCUUGGAAACUA